AGAGAACAAGAAAGAAACCAACCACCAUGGCAGAAAAAAGAAAGGCAGAUGAUGCAGAACCUAUCACAGCACAGGAGCCAAAAAAAGCCAAGAGCGACGGAACAACAACACAAGAAGACCCUCACUGGGCGACACCACUCUCAAGUUUCCAAGGCUUCGAAAUGAUCAAAAUCCUGAAUGACCACCCCAAGAACAAGAGUGUGUUCGUCCACGGAAAGUUCAGGGGUCACGAGGAAGAGGCAGUGGUGAUCUUGGAGAAAACGCCCUUCAGCGAGGAGACCCUACCAUUCGCUCUGUCGGGGGAGACCAAGCUGAAAGUGGGUCUGAAGAACGACAUCUACGGGAACUAUCAUGGCACCCCUCCUGCUCAAGUUAAUGGUAUUAAGGUAUCUGUGGUGUACCCAGCCACUCCCAAACACCUUGUGAAGUAUAGUCAGCAGCAGACUUACCUGGUACAGGAGACAGGAGACGAUUACAGGAACAUCACUCUGCCUUUCUUACAGGCAGAGGCUUUCAGGAUACAGUGGGUGUACAACAUCUUGGAGCACAAGCAGGAAUCAGAGAGGAUUGUAUUUGAGGAUCCUGACAAGGAAACCGGCUUCAUUCUUCUGCCUGACAUGAAGUGGGAUCUUAAACAGGUGAAUGACCUGUACCUCAUAGCCAUAGUCCACAAACACGGUAUAAAGUCCCUACGAGACCUCACCGCUGAACACCUACCUCUGCUGCACAACAUCCUCAAGAAAGGACAGGAAGCCAUCCAGGAGAAGUUUUCCAUCCCUCCGUGUAAGCUGAGAAUCUACCUCCACUACCAGCCGUCCUACUAUCACCUGCACGUGCACUUCACUCACCUGAACUUUGAUGCACCUGGAACAGGUGUGGAGCGGGCCCACCUGCUGUCUGAUGUCAUAGAACACCUGGAGAUAAUGCCUGACUACUACAGCAAGAAGACACUUGCUUUCUGUCUCCGAGAAAACGAUCAACUGUUGGCAGAGUUCAGGAAGGCUGGGAGAGUACCACAAAAAUCUGAGUAGUCACUAUAAUAGGUAGGAUGCAUCUGUCUGUUUUAUAUCCAAAAA